GGAAGUCAACAAACCGGGCGGCGAGAUGUAACAACGACAAGCACUUUACCUUCCUGUUUUCUGUGUUCCGUUUAACGUUAGCUUCGUGUGUUUUAAAAAUUGAGCACUUAAAUGAAACUGUUUGCCUUUCAGAGGUGAAGUCGGACGUACUUUCCGUCGUUUAGCUCACGUUAACGUUAGUUAAGCCUCAAAAUGCGGAACGACUCACUUCUGUCGAGUAUUAACGUGGUGCUCGUAAUGGCCUACGGUAGUCUGGUGUUUGUUUUGCUGUUCGUCUUCGUCAAAAGACAAAUUAUGCGAUUUGCCAUGAAGUCUCGGAGAGGACCACAUGUUCCCAUUGGCCACAACGCUCCUAAGGAGCUGAGACAAGAAAUUGAAGCCAAACUGUGCCAGGUCCAGAAAAUCACCUUUGAGCCUCGUCUGCUGUCCCCAGAUGAUGACCGGCUAAAGCACAGAGGACCGCCUGGUUCACAGGACUUCCUGUACAGGAUGAGAGCACUGGAUGCCAUCAGAGACACUGAUCUCCCUUUUCGUGAGCUGGGUGGCACAUCCACCGCUGUGACAGGUAAAAGACUCAGGACGUGGCUUCUACAGCUGCAAAUCUCCAACUGCAUGUUCCGAGACAGCCUGAGCUCGCUCGUCGACACGGUGCUGGAGGGGUACAACAAAGCACGUCAUGGGGCAGAGGCUUUCGGUGAAGCAGAAUUUCUAAAAUACCAGGAAGCUCUAACUGAACUGGCCUCUGUCGUCAAGUCUCGCAGCAGCAGCAGCACUCCGAGCCAGAACCACCAGUCCGCAGCCAAAGACCUGACCAGCACCACCGAGCCGGCGAGCUCCUCCUCCUCCCCCACCCAGACCACCUACCUCACGUCUUCAAUGCAGCUGCGCAGCAAGCGGCCCAGACACUUCCUGGAGCUGAAGAACUUCAAAGACAACUACAACACUCUGGACAGCACGUUCUGAAACCCCGUGAGUGAACAAAGACAAAGCAGAGCUGCCAGCGAUUAAAGUGCCUACAGACGGUGACAGGUCUCUGUUGCCAGAGAGUUUAGAGUGAAAUGAUAAAAAACACUGCCUUCCUAUACUCACAUGUAUUGCCUGAUUUACACUAUUAUGCACAUCAGACUCAAUGCUCUUUACCUAAGUGUAGCUUAUGCAUACAUCCUGUAUUAAUGCAUGUAGGCGUGCUAAAACUGGGUAGAAAAAAUACUAUAGUGUUUGACUACAGUAAGUAGGGGAGAUUUGACCAAAAUGCAACCAGAGCUACAGUAUGGGGCUAUGCAAUGGCAUAAGACAAUCAGUAUUUAUUGCACAAUGUAAAGGCCUAUGCAGAAAUUAACCAACUGUAUUAAAACAUGCAAAUAGUUAACAAUGUAUGUAGAGAAACCCAGUGUUAAUGAAUGAAACACACACUGUUUAUGUCACUUAUGUUUACAUCUGUUUAUGUUUCUGCAGUGAAUCUGACAGCCUGUUUUUUUUGUUUUAGCCUCAAAUGUUAGUUUUACAGAAGCCAUACUUGAUUUUUAUGAGUUUUGAUGAUUAAGUGCUCUUUAUAUUUAAUCAGUUCUCUCAGUGCAAUGUAAUUUAACAGUGUUCCAGUGCAUUACUGCAUUCUGAAUGUUGCAUCAGGGGAAGUCUGUUUCUUGACUUUUGUCUUUUUUAAAGCCCCCCAGAUGUUUUAACUGUGUGUUUUCUUUGCUAUUCAGGGUUCAUAUCAGGUAAAUAAUUUUAUUUUAAUUUGGUGCUUAUUGUCUAAGUUGCCAUCUAAAUAAAACAGUGACAUACAGUCUAAA